AUGUCUGAGGUGAUUCAGGGUGCCCACGCGAUAUCGGUUCCCGCGCCCAUGGCGACGCGCGAUCCGUUUCUGUUCUGCGUCUACCACAAAGACCUCUUCCCGGCCGGCGACGCGAAAAUGCAAGCGCCGAGGCGCGGGAACGGCGCUGACUUUGACGCCAAACAGCCGUACAGAAUGUACCACGGCGACAACAUUCCCGGCUUCCCGCAGCACCCGCAUCGAGGAUUCGAGACGAUAACGGCGGUGAUGAAAGGAACGAUCGAUCACAGCGACUCGCACGGGAACGCCGGGCGGUACGGGGAUGGGGAUUUGCAAUACAUGACGGCGGGCGCGGGUAUCGUUCACGGCGAGAUGUUCCCGUUGAAACACGACGACAAGCCGAACACGUUGCAGUUGUUUCAGAUUUGGUUGAACCUGCCGAGUGCGGAUAAGAUGGUUGAGCCCGCUUUUGUGAUGCACUGGAGCGAGGACAUACCGGUGCGAAAGCGAGACGGCGUGGAAAUCACGGUUUGGACCGGAGAGUACGACGGCGUCAAGGCGCUCGCGCCCACGCCCAAUUCGUGGGCCGCAAAGCCGGAGAACGACGUAGGAGUAUAUUUGUUGAAGAUGGAACCAGGCGCGGCGUUUACCCUCGCCCGUGCGCGCGGUGGCAAGUCGACGAAUCGUUCGUUAUACUUUUGCGAAGGGAGCGCGAUUGAAGUUUGCGGUCAAACGCUCGAUCGUAAAGCCGUGCUGGACGUGGAUGCGUCGCGUGAAGUUCAGGUAAAGAAUAUUGGUGAAGACGAAGUUAUCAUUCUCGUCUUGCAAGGAAAGCCUAUCGGCGAGCCUGUGGCGCAGCACGGGCCUUUCGUAAUGACGUCUGAAGCUGAAAUUCGCCAAGCCUUUUCAGACUAUAGACAAACCCAAUUCGGUGGCUGGCCUUGGCCCGAAGACGCCGUAGUGUUUCCCCGGGAGAAAGGAAGAUUCGCUCUGACCGGGGGCGUAGAAUCCGCUCCACCUGCACGCUGA